AUGGAUAGUACAGAUUUUACAGUUUUAAAUUUAAUAUUUGUUUGUAGAAUAAUACUAGCAUCGCAUGGUCAUUGUGAUGGAGGUGGAUACCACAUAAUACGAUUAGACAGUAUCAAAAGUGACAUUUCAUUGCUGGAGAUUACUGAGAAUAACUUUAGGAUGGGAAAAGUCAAUUUUGUAACCAGAGGUGGUGGACUUGCCGGUUCACUCGGCCACACACCAACGGCCACCCCAACAUCACGGACGCCCAUCCACGGCCCUAUUAAUCAGUCCGUUGCUCGGCCUGGCACGGCAGAAGCUCCCGCCAAGUGCAACCUUAGGGAGAUUCACCAUCACCCACCAGGGCUAGACAAUAUACCUAAUGGUGCGGAAUCUCACGUCGGAGUGGUAUAUGCGCCAAUUGAACAUUUGAGGGACUCCCAAUUUGUGGGUGAACUGUUAGUUGGCACUCCUGGGCAAAAGAUCAAACCACUUUUUGACACGGGCAGCGCCAACACCUGGAUUAUAUCUACAGAAUGCAAUUUGCCUACAUGUAAAAAAGUACCCCAAUUUGACCCAUUCAAAUCUAAAACGUUCAGAAGGAAUGAAUUGAAGGAUAUGCUGACCGUAUAUUUUGGGACGGGUAUGAUCAUGGGCCAUUUUGCCUCUGAAACAGUGGAGUUUUGCGGCACUAUUCUGAAUGACCAGAACAUUGCGCUUAUACAGUACCAGGGCCCAAGUGACCGCGGUGCCAACAGUUCAAACAUUUUCGAGAAAUUGAAAUUUCAGGGACUAUUCGGAUUGGCCUUUCCUGAAAUGUCAGCUACCGGAGAUACUGUAUUUCAGAACUUCGUCAAAAAGAGAAACUUAACCCCUGAAUUCGCAUUUUAUAUUUCACCCACAAACCUUAAGCCAUCAUUUUUACUCAUAGGUGGAGUGGACAGGAGGUUUUAUGAAGGUGAAUUAAAAAUGGCGCAAGUUGUGCGAAAACACUACUGGGAAGUGGCACUGACACAGCUAUGGGUUGGAGACACAAUGCUUUGCUGCGAGAAUGAGCAAGAUUCAACAAUUCUGCGUGAAGAAUCAGACCAAAACAAUGAUGCCCAAAGUACCAUUGAAAAAAGCUAUGUAAUUGUAGACUCGGGGACCUCAUUCAACAGCCUGCCGCACAGGGACUAUGAGAGGUUCAUCAAACUAGUGCCUUCCAUACCCGCAGCUUCGUUCAGUGCCGACAAAAUUGCUAGCUAUCCCACUAUUAAAUAUGUAUUGGGGGACAUAGUACUUAAACUGAAACCUACCGAUUAUAUGGUGCUACAUGACGGAUUUUACAGGGCCGGAUUCAUACAAAUAGACAUCCCAUCGCAGUUUGGCCGCGCCUACAUUCUGGGCAGCAACAUAUUUAUGAAGCGCUACUUUACUGUAUUUAGACAUGCACACAAUGGCAAUCCACCAAUGAUUGGGUUUGCCGAAUCCAAAGGAAGCUGGGUAUAA